GAUUUAUAAAACAUCAACUGAGCGUAUUGGAAUUGCCAACACUAAACGCCGGUCUUUCAUUGUCAUAUUAGCAAUAAUUUUCUUUAUCUCUCCUUCGUUGUAAAUCGUUUUUCAAUAAAAAGUUUUAAUAAUAAAUAACACUUAAAGUAAAUUAUUAGAUAAAACCACGUCAGUGCGUGUGUAUUUUCAUCGAAGCCCACCGCUAUUGUAAACAAAACUUUAAAAUGUUGCCUAGCAAAAAAAUGAAAUUUGCACAAGUACUGUGCACUCUUCUGUUCACUUUCUUCACAACAACAAGUAUAUGGACUAUUACAUUAGCUGACGUACCACGUCCCCGUGGUGUGUCUUUGUCAAAAGCCACACUGUACAAACCGCGUUCGGAUGAUAGUUGGCUCUGUUUGGACGGCACUAAGACAUUAAAGUUUGUGCAAAUAAAUGAUGAUUACUGUGAUUGUGAAGAUGGCAGCGAUGAACCAGGAACAUCGGCUUGUGCCGAGGGUACAUUCCAUUGUGCAAAUAAAGGUCAUCGUCCUCAAGAUGUUCCUAGUUCCCGGGUAAAUGAUGGCAUAUGUGACUGUUGUGAUGGCAGUGAUGAGUAUAUGGCCGAGGGCAUGUGUGCCAAUACUUGCAUAGAGUUGGGUAAAGUUGAACAAGAGCAACGAAAGUCCCAGGCAGAAAUGUAUAAAAAGGGUGCAGCUAAACGUUCCGAAAUGGUAGCGCGUGGUAAGCAGCUUAAAGCUGAAAGGGAAAAGCGUCGUGCUGAGUUAGAUGCACGUCGUCAAGAACAGGAAUCUCUAAAGGCUGAAAAAGAGCAAUUAAAGAAACAGGCAGAAGCUGCUGAAACGGAAGCUAUUAAUUUCUUUAAAGAACAACAAAAAGAAAGAGAUGCAGGCGCAGCUGAAGCUGCCAGUAAUGAACCCACACCUGAUGAUUCUUUACGCAACGAAGCUACUGCCAAUUUUAUGCGUUACGAUUCGAAUAAGGAUGGUUUUGUUGAAAUUGCAGAACUUCAACGAGACUUGCAAUUGGAUCGUGAUCGUAAUGGUGUUGUAGAUAUAGAGGAAGCCAAAUACUUUUUAGAUGAACGUGAGCGUAUUGAUUUGGAAAAUUUCAUUGCUUUAUCCUGGCCACGUAUUAAAACUAUGCAGAUGAUAGCCCAAGGUCUAUUCACUCCUCCAGAAGGCGAAGAACAUAACGACGAAGUGGCUGAAUUACUUAAUGAAGAACAACGUGGUGAUCAAAAACCAGAAGAAGACAACGAACAAACUGGUCAAGAUGCGCCUCAGUUUGAAGGAGACGAUGAAGAGGAAGAAGAAGUUUAUGAAGAUGACGACACAGGCGCCGGAUCCGUAGAAGCUGAAAGGAGUCCUGAAGUCGAAUACGAUCCCGAAACUCAGCGUUUUAUUAAUAUGGCCAAUGAGGCGCGUAAUGCUUUGUCUGAGGUUGAACGUGCUGUACGAGAGAUUGAACAUGAAAUUAAGGAAAUCGAUGAUCAAAAUGCCAAAGACUAUGGACCAAACGAUGAAUAUGCCACACUCGAAGGUGAAUGUUACAACUUUGAAGAACGCGAAUAUGUUUAUAAACUUUGCCCAUUCGAAAGAGCUUCCCAGCAACCUCGCAGUGGUGGCUCGGAAAUAACCCUAGGUCGUUGGGAUCAAUGGUUGCACGAAGGCGAAAGUAAAUAUGCUAAACAAAAGUAUGCCCAUGGCGCUUCAUGCUGGAAUGGACCACAGCGUUCUGUUGUCGUACAAUUGAAAUGUGCUCUCGAGUCGAGAAUAACUGGUGUUAGUGAACCUAAUCGCUGUGAAUACUAUUUCGAUUUCGAAACACCAGCUGCCUGCGAUGAAGAAGCAUUUGCUGCAGCAGAACAGCGUUUCAAAGAUGAAUUGUAAGAGAAGAACUGAGGCCUCAAGACCUUAAGACAAAAUGCAGUUACAGUAACAAAAAGAAUUUAAAAUGAAUCAUGAAGUUUAUCAGAUAAACAUUAUCCUGUGUACUACUCACAUUCUGUAUUUUGUUUACAAUUAUACUACAUUUUUUCGGAUUCUUAUGUAUUUCUUUCAUCAUUUGUAUGUAAUAUGUCGUCGUCUUUAAUUAAAAGUAGUUACAAUUUAAUUUAAUUUGUAAUCAUUCCUUUUUUGAAAUUUACUUGUAAAGUUUUAAUAAAAAA